AUGAAAUACAAAGAGAUGGAGACCGAGACACCCCUUAAAAGUAAGACUAAGGUAAUGAAGUCACGAUUUAAUAAGGAAGAAACGGAAUUAGAUCGUUUAUUAAAGCCUGUAGAUAGCCUCAUAGAAAAGUGGAGAAUUCUGCCCCACUUUUUAAAGACAGAAGGCUUAGUGAAGCACCAUAUUGAAUCAUACAAUUAUUUUGUCACUGUGGAUAUUAGAAAUAUAAUCCGAGCUCAUUCUAAUCGAUUUAUUAAAAGUGAUGUUGAUCCAUCCUUCUUUAUAGAGUUCUUGGAUGCACGAGUAGGUAUGCCUAAACUAGAAGAAAAUAUGGUAACUAUUGAUUUAACUCCAAUGAUGUGUAGGAUGAGAGAUAUAACAUAUGCUGCUCCUAUUUAUGUGGAUGUUGACUAUGUUAGAGGCAAUAAUGUAGUAAGGAAGAAGAAUGUUGAAAUAGGACGUAUUCCAGUCAUGCUGCGCUCUAAAGUAUGUAUACUAUAUGGAAAAACACCUUUAGAGAUGAUAAACUUGUCAGAAUGUCCUCAUGACCCCGGUGGGUACUUUGUAGUUAAAGGUACUGAAAAGGUUAUUUUGAUGCAAGAGCAAUUGAGUAAAAAUCGUAUCAUUGUGGAAUUAGAUAAUAAGCAUAAUUAUUGUGCUACUGUAACUUCGACAACUGCUGAAAGUAAAAGUCGCACUUUGGUUGUCUACAAAAAUGGCAAGUUAUAUUUACGACACAAUUCUUUCACAGAUGAUAUACCUUUAUGUAUUGUACUAAAAGCAAUGGGAAUAGAGACAGAACAGGAACUAUUUCAAGUAAUUGGUAAUAAAAGCUACCACUAUGAAGGUAUUAUCACUUCUUUGCAAGAUGUUCAUAUAGAAAAAAUUAUAACGCAGAGACAGGCAUUACAGUUUAUGUCAAAGCGGAUGAAAUCAAAAGUGCGCAUGUCGUUUGGUUUUACUGGAGGACGUCCUAAUAGGCAUAAUCCAACUUAUACUGAGCAAAAUAGAUCGGAAGAAGCAUUAGACCGGAUGAAUACAAGCAAUGCUGAUAAUACACUAGUUCGUCAAGUUAAUGGAAUUGAGGACGUAUUAGAGACACUAAACCGAGUCGUUUUAUCUCAUGUUGGUACUAUUUAUGGUGAUUUACGUCCAAAAGCUCUUAUUCUAUGCCUUAUGGCAAGACGUGUUAUUGAUGCCUCUGAAAACCAAAGUUUACUAGAUGAUAAGGAUUAUUAUGGAAAUAAACGUAUAGAAUUAGCUGGACAACUCAUCUCUAUCCUAUUUGAAGAUUUAUUUAAGAGAUUUGCAUCAUUAACAAAGAAACAAAUUGAUCAAACUCUUGUGAGAUACUUCCAGACAAAAGAUAAUUCCUCAAAAGUAACUUCGGGAAAGGAGGAUACAAAUUCGAACUACCCAGAUUGUUUCCGUAAUCUCCCAACUGAUAUAAUCACACGUGGAAUGCAAACUGCACUUAGUACCGGAAACUGGUCUAUUAAGCGUUUUAGAAUGGAGAGAAGUGGUAUGACACAGGUUUUGUCACGUUAUUCAUAUAUUUCAGCUCUAGGUAUUAUGACUCGCGUUGAUUCUCAAUUUGAGAAGGCUCGCAAAGUAAGUGGGCCACGUGCGCUACAACCUUCACAAUGGGGGAUUUUAUGUCCAUGUGAUACACCAGAAGGUGAAUCUUGUGGUUUAGUUAAAAAUUUGGCUUUAACAACACACAUUACAACUGAUCAUAAUCCACAAUAUUUGAUUGGGUUACUUUUUAGUCUUGGAGUGCAAGAUAUUGCAUCUGCAUCAUGGUUUGAAUGGAAGCAACACUCUCAAGAUGGUAAUACAAGUCUUCGGGAACAUAACUUAAGCGGAAAUGCUUAUUUUAUAUUUAUCAAUGGUGCAUUGCUAGGUAUUCAUUAUAAUCCAGAAACUUUAGCAAGUAAUCUUAGAGACCUUAGAAGAAAAGGCUACAUUAGCCAAUUUGUAUCAAUUUUCUGUAAUCAUUCACAAUAUUCAGUGCAAAUAGCAACUGAUGGAGGCCGUCUUUGUAGACCACUUAUAAUAGUUGACAACGGGAAACAAAGAAUUCAAAAGGAACAUAUAGAAAACCUAGAAAAUAAGCAAAUAACCUUUAAUGACCUUAUUAAUAAAGGUAUACUAGAAUGGAUUGAUGUUAAUGAGGAAAAUAAUUUACUAAUUGCUUUGAAAGAGGAAAAUAUAACAGAAGAAACGACACAUGUAGAAAUAGAUCCUUUGGCAAUUCUUGGAGUUGUAAGUGGUUUGAUUCCAUAUCCGAAUCAUAAUCAGAGUCCUAGAAACACCUAUCAGUGUGCUAUGGGAAAACAAGUUAUGGGAGUAGUAGGACUUAAUCAAUUUUUACGAUGUGAUUCAAUAUUAUACCUACUGGUCUAUCCCCAAAAACCUCUUUGUAAAACCAGGACAAUUGAAAUGAUAAACUUUGAACAACUACCAGCAGGUCAAAACUCCUCUGUAGCUAUUAUGAGUUACACUGGUUAUGAUAUAGAAGAUGCCAUUAUAAUGAACAAGGCUUCAAUUGAUCGUGGGUUUGCAAGAUGUUUUGUGAUUAAGAGACAAACUGUAGAACUACAAAAGCUCCCUAAUGGAUUAGCUGAAUGUGUUAUAGGGCCAAAUAAGCUUUUGGAUAAUAGUUCCACUAAAGUAUAUAACUCAAACUGGAAUGUAUUGGAAGAAGAUGGAAUAUGCCGUGUAGGUGAAAUGGUUGCUGAAGAUGAUAUUAUUGUGAAUAAAGUUUCUCCUAUAAAUACACGAGAAUAUGUUGGUGACCCAUCACAAGUCAACUUAUCUGAAUAUAGAUUAACACCUAUCAAAUAUAAGGGAAUAGCACCAUCUUAUAUAGAUCGUGUAUUAUUAACAGAAAACUCUGAAGGUAGCCAUAUUUAUAAAAUUAUUACGAGACAAACAAGGCUUCCAGAACUAGGUGAUAAAUUUAGCUCACGUCAUGGACAAAAAGGUGUUGUCGGUCUAAUUGUUUCUCAGGAAGAUUUUCCAUUUUCUGAAUCUGGUUGGUGCCCUGAUCUUAUUAUGAACCCUCAUGGAUUCCCUUCUAGAAUGACUGUAGGAAAGCUAAUGGAGCUAAUUUCAAGUAAAGCAAGUGUACUUGAUGGUAAUUAUAGAUAUGGAACUGCUUUUGGUGGAACUCCAGUAGAGGAUGCAGCAAAGUGUCUUAUACAAAAUGGUUUCCAUUAUUCUGGAAAAGAGUAUUUAACAUCUGGUAUUACUGGAGAAGCUAUAGAAACAUAUAUCUUUGUUGGCCCAAUAUUCUAUCAAAAGCUAAGACAUAUGGUUUUAGAUAAGAUGCAUGCUAGAGGAAGGGGUCCAAGACAAAUAUUAACUAGACAACCUACUGAGGGAAGAUCCAAAGAUGGUGGUCUACGUUUAGGUGAAAUGGAAAGAGAUUGCUUAGUUGCAUAUGGUGCCAGUAAUUUGUUGAUAGAACGUUUGAUGCUGAAUUCAGAUGUAUUUGAGACAUAUGUCUGUAAUAAAUGUGGACUCUUUGGGUAUAAUAACUAUUGUCAUUAUUGUAGAAAUUCGGAUGAUAUAUCUAUCAUAAGACUACCUUAUGCGUGUAAGUUAUUAUUCCAAGAAUUGCAGGCAAUGAAUGUAUGCCCAAGAAUUAAAACUAAAUAG